UUGUUGAAUUCACGCACACAUCAUCCGAUCGGAUUAACUGCUGGGUACUGAUAGUUUUUUAGGCAGCCUCAAUUUAUUUUCUUUAUUUGGAAUACUUUGUGGAAGUAGCGUUUUUUUCUACCGUCUUUUUUUAAAUAAGGCAUAUACCGACAUGUUAAAGACCUUACAACUUGCCAAAAAUGCUUCAUUAUUUUGUUCUAAACCGGCGUUGAUUCCAGCCAAUCGAUUACAGCUUUGUGUUUGCUCUGUAUCCACAGAGGCUAAUUUUGGACUGCAGAAAACCAGGGUAGAUGAUAAUAUUCUCCUGCAGAAGUCCGCCACGUCAAGACCCGGUGCACCGCUAGUUCUCAUGUACAGUUGGCUGGCAGCUAAGCAGCGCCAUCUCGACCGUUUCUCCAAGUUGUAUCUCAACAAAGGAUGCGACGUGGUGUAUGUUCAGAUAAAACCCUUACAGCUUUUGCGUCCAACAGUAGGUUCGCAAAAGAUUGCUGAGAAACUGGUCGGACUUGUGCAAGACUCGGGACACAACGACCGGCCACUUUUUGUGCACACGUUUUCUGUGGGAGCUUAUCUGCACAGCGAAACUCUCACGAAAAUGUCACAACAUGAUGCGAUGCACCAGACCGCGAUAGUAGACCGGAUAGCUGGCCAGGUGUUUGACAGUGCAGUAGAUUUAGAUAAUGUACCGUACGGUACAUCGAGGGCGCUCUUGAAAAACCAUCUAGCACAGAAUUCUCUCGAGUGGAUAUUGAAUGCUUUCCUGAAAGUCACUUAUAAACACACGAUGGCACACUAUGAGAAAGCUCACAAAACAUUCUUCUGCAACCCGGCGUCUACUCCAUUACUUUUUUUAUAUUCCCAGGUAGAUCCGGUCGCUCCAGCUAGUACUAUUGAACGAUGCAUGAACAUUCUUAAGAAUGACCAUGGCAAAGAAGUUCAUAGUAAAUCAUUCGAGAGCUCGGCUCAUGUUAGCCACAUGUAUCAAUACCAAAAUGAGUAUGUAGCAGCUCUGGAAAGCUUUCUGCACAAUCUGAGCUGCUUCAAUGAUGAAAAACCAAAGUGAUAUGUUAUUGUAGAUUGUGUCAAUUUCAUAUCAUGUUUUAGUGAGUUUGUAUGAUGAUGGAGCUUGCUAUAUAUGAUUUCUGUUUCUUGAAGACAGUUGAAAAAAAUCACACUGUUGCCAUAACAUCAGAUUAUGAGAAGGGUGUGUGCAUGUAGUAAACUGUGAGGGCAGCAAACAACAUAGUGCAUGUAUGUACAGUAGUGUCCUAUUACGUUACAUUAUUAAUGUUAUUUUUCUACUUUAUGUACUUCAUUAUAUUUUUUGAGCCACUUUUGUUGCAAGAAUUUCUGUGAAAUCCAAACAUCUAAAUGUUGAGUAUUCAAGUGUGCCUGGCCAGUGCCUAUAAUAUACAAAUGUGUGUAUGAGGGUUGUAGUGUGUAAUAUACAAGUAUAUAAAUAAUAAUGAAGACAUUUAUAUAUUUAUUAAAUAAUUAUUUUGCUAUUUCUGGAGCUCUCUCCCUCUCACCUGUUAAUGUAUAUGAAAUGUUAUUUUAUAUUUGCUGUACUGUACUUGAGUUUUAUUGGUGAUGCAUGAUGAAAAUUUCAGAUUUUUAAAUAUUCUAUUUUGUUUUCUAUUAAUACUUAUAUUUAUGGAUAUUUUAAAUUGUUAAUAGUUAUAAAUAUGUUUGGGAUUAAAAUUAGCUGUCCAAUUUGCUGCAAUUGUGUAUUCUAUGUUUUUUUUUAAAGAUAUAAAGAUAAACGAAUUUGGAUCUGGAAGUGUCUCUAUUUUUAUAUAAUUUAUUUGCCAUACUUGUUUUCAAAAUCUUCUUAUGAAAUUUAAUAUCUCCUUUUUUGAUAUGUAUGGAGAUCACUCACACUUUAAAUUCUGAUUUAGGAUACAAAGUGAAUUAUUGCAGUUGAGGAUUACCAGUGUAUGUACAGUACAUUAAUCAAUGCCAGUCCAAGUAUUCUUUAGUAUUAAUAGUUGAUUAUUAUGCACUACAAAAAAACAACAUUCUAUUUCUAUUAUAAGUAGCAGUCAGUUUGUUUCUUCAGUAAUAUUAACAAUGUGGUCAACGUAAACAUUUUUCCCACCAAAUAAUGUUGAUUGAACAUGCUAUCAUCAGUUUUUGAGUACACUACGCUUGUGUAGAUAUACUCUAUGGUGUGGUAGUAGAAUUACUACCACUGUAAAAUGGAAUGUGUGAAGGUUCAUUUCAGUUCUUAGGUAUGUGCUUUUGUAAUAUUCAUUGCAUAUUAUGCAAUACCUUUAGAAAAAGAUGUGUCCUAAUGGGAAAAUCCAAGGGUGUAUACCGUUUUGCCUCGUGUUUGUAGAGCAAAUGAAAUGUAAUCAGAAGGUCUUGGGUUCAAAUCCUUAUAGGGUUGGACUUGAGUGCUUUAGGGCUGGGCUAAUAAAAAAUACAUUAAAACUAGACCAAUAUUCAAUAGCUGAUAUAUAAAGGCUAGUAAUUAUUUUGGCAAAACUUGGUCCAGCAAAAAAAAAAAAAAAAAAAAAAAAAAAAAAAAAAAAAAAAAAAAA